AGAACCAGAACCUCCACAGAUCAGAGAAGAAGAACCAGAACCUCCACAGAUGAGAGAAGAAGAAGAACCAGGACUUCAUCAGUUUAAGGAGGAACAGGAGGAACCAAAAUCCUCACAGAUUGAGGAACACCAGGAACUCAGCAGCAGCCAGAAGGGAGAACAAUUCAUUGUGAAGUUUGAAAGUGAAACCUUGAAGGUUCCUUCUGUUGAGGAUCACAGUGACCUGACUGACCCAGAAGUACCAGAGACUGAGUGGUUCCUCUCUCAGGACUCUGAAGUCCACCAUGAGAAAAGACACAUGGACUCAGAACCAGCUCCAAAUCUGAAGCUGAAAAAACUCAAGGUGUUUGAUAGAAACAGUGAGAACAUCUGUCAUGUUUCAGAGAAGCAGGCUGAAUGUGAAGAAAGGUGUGAGGAAACUGACCAUAACAAACAUCAGUUAAAGGUCCCUGCUGAGGAGAUCCUUCAUGAAACAUGUGGCCAAAGUUUCAGGCAACCGGGCCACAAGAGAACUGACAGAAGUGAGAAGCCUCAUUUCUGUGAAAGAUGUGGCAAAAGUUUCAGGCAUCAGAGUAGUUUGUUGCGCCACAAGAAAACUCACACAGGUGAGAAGCCGUAUUGUUGCGAAACAUGUAAUAAAAGUUUCAGUGAACAGUGUCGUUUGUUGCGCCACAUGAGAACUCACACAGGUGAGAAGCCAUAUUCUUGUGAAACAUGUGACAAAAGUUUUAGUCGACAGAGUGAUUUGAAGGUCCACAUGAGAACUCACACAGGUGAGAAGCCAUAUUCUUGUGAAACAUGUGGCAAAAGGUUCAGACUAUGGCGUGAUUGGAAGGUCCACUUGAGAACUCACACAGGUGAGAAGCCGUAUUCUUGUGAAACAUGUGGCAAAAAGUACAAUCAACGGCGUGAUUUGAAGGUCCACAUGAGAACUCACACAGGUGAGAAGCCUCAUUGUUCAGGGCACUGAAGAUGAAACGUGGCUGGGUCUUUCAGCACGACAAUGAUCCCAAACACACCACCCGGGCAACAAAGGAGGGGCUUCGUAAGAAGCAUUUCAGGGUCCUGGAGUGGCCUUGCCAGUAUCCAGAUCUCAACCCCACAGAAAAUCUUAUACCCCUUUCCCACUGGCCAAAAAACCCGUUUAAAUCCGCUAAGUCGUGGCAGUGGGAAAAGGUUUGACCCGAGAUUUCGACUCGGGUCGUUCACCC